AUGUUAUCGGGGUUAAACAAAAAACUUAAGCGACUUUAUGAUUUGGGUAUCGAUUAUGACUUUAAAGUCUCCGGUAUAAAGGAUGAGAAACAAAACACUAUCAAGUCAGAAGAGGGCUCAAGUGAAGACGUAACUGAGAAGAGUGCUGCUGAUUCUUCAGAAAUUUCUUUGAGAAAGGAAAGGAAGAGCUUAAAAGUUGGAAAAGUUAAACGCGAGAACUUGAAAUCGGUAUCGGUGAAGCGCGGACGAGAAAGAGUGAAGAGGGAAACCAGUAAAAAAGAUGCUAAGAAAGUAACAGUUUGUAAUACAGAAGGGAAAUCAAAGAAAGAAAAAGUGGAAGUAUAA